AUGAAUCUCCCGACGUCUCGAGAGUUGGAGCUGGAGGUAUCUCUGAGGCAACGAGAUGCUCAAGUUGCAGAAUUAAGCGACGAAAUAACCAGGCUACGACAAUACUUGGCACGACAGCCAGGGCCCUCAACAACUGAUCCAAUCACUCUCCCCCCUGCCUAUGUCUCAAUGUUAUUACCACAACUCGAUGCCGCUUCGAGACCCAGCUCAACAGCCCCAGGAUCUACCGUGACCGCUGCCUUGACCCAGAAGGUUAAGGCGCUUCAGGAGGAGAACGACGAGCUAUACCAGAUUCUGCAAUACUCUGAAACGUCGAAACUGAAAGAGGAGGUUCAUGUUCUUCGGUCGAGCGUCACUCGCCUCGAAAGUGCGCUCCGUGAAUCUGAUCAAACAGUUUCGGCGCUCUGCCAGGAACUCGAGAAAUCGAAGGAAGCGUUCGCUGGUCUGAAAUCCAGCGCGUAUUCGAAGUCGAGCGUGUAUUCGGACAAUAGCCAUAGUGCGGCCCAAUCACACCUCACUAGCAAUGGCAAUGCACGUACCACCUUCUCCAAGCCCCUUCCCACUGGGCCCAAGGGGCAUAAGAGGCCCCGACUCUCCGAUACCCAGGCAUCCACGGGAUCGAGUGGUUCAAAUCCGCCUCCCCAACGAUCAUAUCGUCCGAGUGAACCAAGAGGUCGGUCACCGCGACCGCACACCGACUCCCAUGGGAAGCACCGGUCCGAAUCGAGGAUGGAUGUUGAUGGAGAGUCUCGAGCGCGCCCGCGGUCUUCUAUAGCCCUGGCGCGCGAUCGCGAACGUGGACGCGGACGCGAAGAACGGGCCCAUAGCAAGGAGCACUCGCAUAAGGACGAGGCGAAAGAUGUCGAUGAGGGGAAUGAUAGAGGACGGGACAGAACAAAGGCUCCUCGACGGAACGGGAAUUUCAAUGUAGGCAGGCCUAGCGGUGGUAGCGUUGGAGGGGCAUCUAGCCGGAAACACGAACGAAGCAACUCCCAUCGCCAUUCACAAGGCGGGGACCGGACGUUAAAGGAACGAAUGGGACUAUGA